AUGUCGUUCGUCCCGACUCUCGCCCGCCGGGCUGCUUUUGCUCCAACACUUGCGAGGAGGGCCGCAGCUGGCGAGCAACGUGCACUGAAAAAGGCGCCCAAACGAGAUCCCGAGCUUUAUAUUCUGCUCGGUGUAAUGUGUGGUGCUUUCGGGCUGGCGGGUUUCUACUUUGGCCGCAAGCCUACCUCUGCAACCUCAGAGGCCGAAGUUUCCGUAGCCAACAGCUCAAUGCCGUGGCAAGUCGAACACGACGACCAGGAUGAAUCCAAGCACUUCAAGUACCAAUACCAUCCCAAGGGCGACCGGUCGCAAGCCCCGAAGAAUGCUCCAAGCGCUUUGAACACAGUCAUCGUCCCUAACGUGACACUACCAAAGGAUGUCCACGACAAGUUCAACAAAUGGGGACAGGAGAAGUAUUGA